GACGCUUCCAGUGUGCGUUUAGGAUGUGCGGGAAAGGAGCUCAUCGUUCUGUGGGCACUCAUUUCGUCCAUCGUGCGAUUCCUACGAUACCAAGAACAAGCAUUUAAGUGUGUCGUGCGUAUGUGUCCCUAAUUUCGCGUAGUGACAGGACAUUCUGUACGCUAAGCUGUUCGCUAACCGAAUAAAUCGCAGCCAACCCAGUGCGAUUGUGCUUUCAGUGGUGUUCUAAACACAGCAGGCGUGAGGAAGUGAGGCCUGGAAUCAUACGCUGGCCUGAAGUGCCCCAGCUUCCGUUGCACGAUGCCGCUCUUCGGCAUGUUCCAGAAAACUCCUCAAGAGCUAGUGAAGACACUGAAAGACGCCGUCACUGCACUGGAGCGAGGCGAUAAGAAGAAGGAAAAGGCACAAGAAGAAGUGAGCAAGAACUUGGUGCUGGUCAAAAAUAUGAUCUACGGUACAUCGACGGCAGAGCCCCAAUCCGAACUUGUCCUAUCCCAGCUAACUAGCGAGCUGUACAGCACCGAUCUGCUGAUGCGGCUGGUACAGAACCUCAUACACAUCGACUUCGAGGGCAAGAAGGAUGUGGUCCAAAUCUUUAACAACGUGAUCCGGCGACAGAUUGGAGAUCGCUCGCCGACGGUGGAACACAUCUGUACGAAGCCAGCAAUAUUGCUCACCCUGAUGGCCGGCUACGAACACCGCGAGAUUGCACUCCACUGUGGUAAGAUGUUGCGCGAGUGUGCCCGGCAUAAGCCGCUCGUCCAAAUUAUGCUCCAUACGGAGGAGUUUUACAACUUUUUUCGCUACGUCCAAGCUUACACGUUCGAUGUGGCGUCUGAUGCGUUUUAUACGUUUAAAGAGCUGCUCACCCAGCACCAUGCACUGUGUGCCACAUUUCUCGAGAAGAAUUACGACAAAGUGUUUGGCCACUACGAGCAACUGCUCAGCUCGGAAAACUACAUGACUCGAAGGCAGAGCCUCAAGCUGCUGGGGGAGAUAUUGCUCGAGCAGCAUAACUUUACGGUGAUGACGAAGUAUAUAACCAAUCCGGCAAAUUUAAAGUUGAUCAUGACCCUGCUCAAGGACAAAUCGCGCAACAUACAGUUUGAAGCAUUCCACGUGUUUAAAGCGUUUGUCGCCAAUCCGGAUAAACCAAGCCCGAUCCUGGUGAUACUGCUUCGGAAUCAAGAAAAGCUGGUCGAUUUCUUAACCCACUUCCAAACCGAUCACUUGGAAGACGAGCAAUUCAAUGAGGAACGGUCCUAUUUGAUAAGACAGAUCAUGGAGCUUAAACCUGCCACUGAUUAGCAGUCGAAUAUUGUAAUCCUACUUCGAUUCACGAUCCACCAUUCACCUGUCAUGGUUGUACGUUGCGGGCGAUGAUAGAUAACGCAUUUCUACAAUUAGAACGGAUAUUUGUGGUGAUCAUCAAACAUCCACAAGAAAACAAGAAAUUGCGUCAUAUCCGAGCAGGGAAAAGGACACGAUAAAUUCCAAUAAACCGCUCUUAGCAGCUCCUAGCGGUUCGUUAAAGUCGAAUAAGAGCAGAAGAGACAAUAAAAUAUAUUUGAGACCUUAACUCGGUUACACAUUUA